AUGACAUCCCAGCUACAGCAGCAGGACCUGGUGGUGUAUAAUGACGGCCAAAUAGUGUCGGAAAAACUGUUGCGGGGUGAAUACAACUCAUUGACUGCAAUCACACACAUACAAGGAACUGCACCUUCAUGGCUCUUGACAGGUGUUGCGGAGAACUGUCUUCUUGGAACAUGCCAUUUCAGUCCGGGUUUGGGCACAAAUCUGGCAUUUAGCGCCAAUGAACCCAGAUCACCAGUUUUGUUUGCAUCUUUUUACCAAGAUGCGGCGUUCUAUUCCAAGACUUGGAAGAAGCAUUUGGGAUUGGAUAUUGCCAGUCAAACUGGUAAUGCCAGGUACCUGGACCUGAUGGAAGAACUGAUGCAUGUGCUUUCAAGAGGGGCAGAUCCCAAGCAAUCGCUGAAACAUGUUUUUGACAAGAUUUCAACCGAAGUUCAGAAACUGGCUGCCAAAGGAGCAAAGCCUAGCUUGAUAAUAGAGGCCCCAGAACUGCUACUCCACACCAUAGAUAUUGAGGUUGACGAUCUGCUAUUAAGUUUACACAAGCUCAACGAAAAGACUAACUUGACCUUGGUGAUGUCAAUAGAUCGCCCUUUGAUAGAAGCCCAUUCAAUUCAGGACGGAAACGGACUGCGUGGAAAACAUAGUUCAUUGGUGUUGAAACUUCUCCACAGAGCAAAUACCAUAAUUGACAUACAUCCGCUGGAAACUGGCCAUGCAAAUGACGCUACUGGGGUUUUAACUGUGAGCAAAGGUCCUAUUCCACUUGAUGAUGUGAAAGUUCAGGAAGGUGCUUAUUUGUAUCUGUUGAAUAAGGAAGGCAGUGCAAGGCUGUUCUUCAAAUGA